AACCGAGUCCGCCGCGGCUAUUUAAGGGGAGGCUGUGCGCCUUCAGCACCACUUCGCUGUCCACCGUCCAGAGGAGAGCACGCACCGACCGCGCAUCGGCUCCGACUCCACACAAGCUGAGCAACAAGCCUGCAACCAUGCCGAGGUCUUUUCUCGUGGAUUCCUUGAUUCUAAGGGAGACGAAUGACAAGGGGAACGAGAACAACCCACCUUUAUUCCCGUACGCCGUGCACUCGCCGCACCACGCGCACGGGCUCCCGGGCUCCUGCCACUCCAGGAAAGCCGGGCUGCUGUGCUUCUGCCCGCUGUGCAUGACCGCCUCCCAGCUCCAUCCGUCCCCGCCGACGCUGCCGCUCCUGAAGGCGUCCUUUCCCCCCUUCAGCUCGCAGUACUGCCACUCAGCUCUGUCCAGGCAGCACUCUUCAUCCAACAGCGUCAACCUCAGCCACGGACCCGGGAUAUACCAGGCUGCGUACACAGUGCCAGACCCGCGGCAGUUCCACUGCAUCUCCAUCGAAAACAGCAACGGCAAACUUCAGAGCAGCAAGCGCAUGCGCACCGCCUUCACCAGCACACAACUUUUGGAGCUGGAGAGAGAGUUCACCUCCAACAUGUACCUCUCCAGACUGAGGCGCAUCGAGAUCGCCACGUACCUGAACUUGUCUGAGAAGCAGGUGAAAAUCUGGUUCCAGAACCGCAGAGUGAAGCACAAAAAGGAGGGAAAGAGCAGCAGCCAGAGGACUGGAUCACACAGCUGCAAGUGCUCGUCCCUGUCAACCGCAAGAUGCUCGGAGGAAGAGGACGACGACAUUCCCAUAUCUCCAUCCUCAUCCGAAAAGGAGGAUGUGGACCUGUCCGUCUCUCCAUGAACUCCCCUCUUGACUCCAUCUGAAAAAUUUUGCUCCUGAUUGAUUUUGAAUACAGCCAAAAAGGAAAAAAAAAAAAAACCCUGACUGUACCAUCCAUGUUCAGUCGUCUGUAUAUAAACAGAGAAUAUUUAAUCAGGGAAUUGCCCUGAAUUAUUGUAUAGCUGUAUACAUGUUGUACGUUUUGUAUGUAGUUUUUUUCUGAAAACAGUCCAUUGUUGUUGCCAAUCCGAUGAAUACGGUAGGCAUAUUUGUAAAGAACAACCCCAAAAGCAAGAGCACCAUUUUUUUUUCCUUUAGUAUUUUGGGGUAGACAGUAUUUUGUACUACACUGGGUGAAUACUGGUUAGAUUCAUUCUAUGUGGAUGGAACUGUGAUUUAAGACAUGGAAAGUUGGAGAGAAAUUAAUAACCCCUCCGUCACAUGGCUGAGACCACUCUGAAAUUAUAUCUUCAGUGUAAUUGAAAAGUAUUUAUUUAUUUAAAAAUGUUGAUACUUAAAUAAAAAUAUUUCU